GCAUCACGGCUCGUCGCUAGCGCUGAUGUCUGACAGAGGCUCCAUGAUGCUGUCCGUCUCUGCUGCCCUGACUUUAGCGCUGCUCUGGAUUUAUCCGGCCCAGUCUCUUUAUUUCCACAUCGGAGAGACGGAGAAGAAAUGUUUCAUAGAAGAAAUCCCGGAUGAGACCAUGGUGAUCGGGAAGUACCGCACUCAGCUGUGGGACAAGCAGAGCAGCUCCUUCCUCCCGUCGACGCCCGGCCUCGGGAUGCACGUGGAGAUCAAAGAUCCAGACACCAAGAUCAUCCUGUCCCGUCAGUACGGCUCAGACGGGCGCUUCACCUUCACCUCUCACACCCCAGGAGAACAUCAGAUCUGCCUGCACUCCAACUCCACCAAGAUGGCUCUGUUCGCUGGAGGGAAACUGAGAGUUCACCUGGACAUCCAGGUAGGAGAACACACCAACAACUACCCCGAGAUCGCAGCCAAAGACAAACUGACGGAGCUGCAGCUGAGGGUCAGACAGCUGCUGGACCAGGUGGAGCAGAUCCAGAAGGAGCAGAACUACCAGCGGUACCGGGAGGAGCGUUUUCGGAUGACCAGCGAGAGCACCAACCAGCGCGUCCUGUGGUGGUCCAUCGCUCAGACCCUCAUCCUCAUCGUCACGGGGAUCUGGCAGAUGAAGCACCUGAAGAGCUUCUUUGAAGCUAAAAAACUGGUUUAACAUCAGGAGACCAGGACUGGACCAGAUCAAGGACUUUACAGACCACUGGGUCUGAAUAUCAGCCAUAAAUACUACAAGGAGGAGGAGGGGUGGGGGGUGGGGGUUCCUGGACUAGGUCUAAAUGUUUUAGCUUUGUGAUUUUAGCGUUAGCGACACCAGCUGCCUCUCUUUGUUUCCUGCUGACCCGGGACAUACUGAUGGUUUUAGUUCUCGACCAGAGCCUUCUGCUGAGAAACCAGAUGAGUUUGGGCUGGAGGUCUUCACCAGACCCCCAUCCAGUCUGACCACAUUACAGCUACAGACCCAACAUGUCCACACGACGGCAGCGUGCAUCCUGAUUGGCUGCACAGCUGUUCUCUAUCCAUGAAGACAUCAGCUCAGUCUGAACUCCUUUUUCAGUAGAACCAAAAUAAAGAGAUGUCAGGGCAGCGGAUCCACCAGGACCAUCAGAGCCCAGUACCCCACCAUGGUCUGUCUCUGCAUCAGGAUGCUCCAUAGAAAUAACUGACUUCAACCAGACCUGGAUUUAGCACAAAGGUCGGCACUCACCUGCUUCACAGAGACGGUCGCUGCAGGUGAGACUCUCAGUGACGAAGAUGUUUGAAU